ACCCUGAUAAGUGUGACAUAUGGGGGAACACACCUCUCCACCUGGCUGCCGCCAACGGCCACCACAACUGCCUGUCCUUCCUGGUGUCCUUCGGUGCCAACAUGUGGUGCCUGGACAACGACUACCACACGCCCCUGGACAUGGCCGCCACCAAAAGCCACAUGGACUGUGUCCGCUACCUGGACUCCAUCGCCGCCAAGCAGUCAGCCCUCAACCCCAAGCUGGUGGGGAAGCUGAAGGAGCGGGCUUUCCGCGAGGCCGAGAGGAGGAUUAAGGAGUGUGUGAAGCUGCAGCGGAAGCACCACAAGCGUAUGGAGCGCAAGUUCCACAAAGAGGCGGCGUCGGAGCAGUCCAUGUCAGACGCCAUGAGCUUCUCCAGCUACACAAGCAGCUCAGUGAGCCGCAAGCUGCACCACCUAAACACCACCACUGUCAGUGUGCCAUACUCUCAGGCUACUCUUCACGCCACAACCCGAGGCAAGACCAAGAUCCAGAAGAGGUUGGAGAAGAGGAAGCAAGGGGACGGGACCUUCAAGAUCUACGAGGACGGCAGGAAGAGCGUGCGCUCCCUCUCGGGCCUUCAGCUGGGCAACGAUGUCAUGUUCCUUAAACAGGGAACCUAUGUCGGCCCUCGGGACCGCGCAGGGCGCCGCGGCAACCUCCGAGACAUAUUCCACGGAGACGCCAACGACGACGCCAUCUCUCGUGCCAUCAGCGAGCCGGACUUGUCUUACCGGCCCGACAUGGAAUACUCUGAGGUCAGCACCGACUCGGGCCACGACUCUCUCUUCAACCGUCCCGGUCUGGGAACCAUGGUGUUCCGACGCAACUAUAUCAGCGGCGGCCUGUUCGGCAUCGGCGGGCGUGACGAGGGGAGCCUCGGCGGAGGAACCGAACGGGCUGGCAGCACCAACGUGCGGCUGCGCAGCCGGCUGCGGCGUUCGCCCAGCCUGGACGAUGGGGGGGACAGCAUCGGCAGUGCCAGCAGCCUCCGGGAAAGGAACCGCCAGGAGCUUCCCUGGGACGAGCUGGAGCUGGGGCUGGAUGAUGACUGCGAGGCCGUGACCAGCCCGUUGGAGGUGUUCUUGGCUGCGCAGACCAUGGGCGAUUUCCUCACCGUCUUCAGGCGGGAGAAGAUCGACCUGGAGGCGCUGCUGCUGUGCUCGGACCAGGACCUCAAGAGCAUCCACAUCCCCCUGGGGCCCAGGAAGAAAAUCCUAGAUGCCUGCAAGAGACGUCUGGAGACCCUUGAGGACCCUGACUACAUCGAGGACACCCUGCUGUGAAUGGUGAAUGACACUUUUGGAUCUGAAGAUGCUGUGUAGGUACUGUAUACCUCUACUACUGUGACGUUCACCUACAGAGGAAACCUACAUUACAGAGUAAACCUACACUACAGAGUAAACCUAACCUACAGAGUAAACCUAACCUACAGAGUAAACCUACACUACAGAGUAAACCUAACCUACAGAGUAAACAUAACCUACAGACUAAACCUACACUACAGAGUAAACCUACACUACAGAGUAAACCUAACCUACAGAGUAAACCUAACCUACAGAGUAAACCUAACCUACAGAGUAAACCUAACCUACAGAGUAAACCUACAUUACAGAGUAAACCUACACUACAGAGUAAACCUACACUACAGAGUAAACCUACACUACAGAGUAAACCUAACCUACAGAGUAAACCUAACCUCCAGAUUACAUCUGAGUGUGUAGUGUGGGGAUUUUUCAGUGGGACAUGUUAGUAUUGUCGCUGCUCUCCUCUACACAUAGUUAUGAAGGAAGGCAUCUAGUGUUUUCUUUGGUUGAUGAUAAUAGUAACAAUCCAGCAUAGAAUUCAUUCUUGUCUCUCUUCAAAUAUGUCAUUGCUAUUCUUCUGGAGACCACUAGGUGGACACACUGUAUAGGUCCAGCAGAAUGCUCUUCCUACCUUAAAGGUAGGUCAGUGGCGCAUUGUUGCUCAGUGUUGUUAGGGCUAAUGUCUCAAAGGGGUUUGUUGUAGUGUAUGCAACAUUCAGAGACUUUACAGCUACAACAUAAAUAGCGGUUUGUUGUAGUGUAUGCAAUAUUCAGGGACACGCUUAUCUGACUCUGCGAUUAUGUAAGGACAUUCAGAGAAAUGUUGUCAUUUCAUUCCCUGGGUGACCCUGUGACUUGUUAGGCAGAAAGGAGGACAUUGUUAAGAUAAACAUCUCAGUGAACAAAAGAAGACAAGUAAAAUACAGAAACCUGAGCUUUCUAUGAACUUUGUAAAUGAAGGAGAAGAGCUGAAGAAAUCUGAAAGAGGACCUUGCUGCUUCCGUGAAGGACAGAGAGCUAUGGCAUGCCAUCUUUUGGAGCAUUGCGUCACCAUACGCAGUCAGCCAAAGACUGCCUGGAUCUGUAUCCACAGAACACAGUGUUGAUGUGCAGCAGUGUUCUUGUAUGUCAUGUGGCACAGUGUACAGAGAGAAGAACAAGGAGGUGUGGCUUGCCCCCCUCCAACACCUCUCUGUCUGACCCCAAUACGUUGGCCCCUGUGGGGCAUGUUAGACACCGUACUACCAUCCCCUCAGACUGUGUUCCUGGUGUCAGUACAUGGGGCAUGUUAGAUACCGUACUACCAUCCCCUGAGACUGUGUGUCAGACUGGUGUCAGAGACUGGUGUCAGUACAUGGGGCAUGUUAGACACCGUACUACCAUCCCCUGAGACUGUGUUCCUGGUGUCAGUACAUGGGGCAUGUUAGAUACCGUACUACCAUCCCCUGAGACUGUGUUCCUGGUGUCAGUACAUGGGGCAUGUUAGAUACCGUACUACCAUCCCCUGAGACUGUGUUCCUGGUGUCAGUACAUGGGGCAUGUUAGAUACCGUACUACCAUCCCCUGAGACUGUGUUCCUGGUGUCAGUACAUGGGGCAUGUUAGAUACCGUACUACCAUCCCCUGAGACUGUGCUCCUGGUGUCAGUACAUGGGGCAUGUUAGAUACCGUACUACCAUCCCCUGAGACUGUGUUCCUGGUGUCAGUACAUAGGGCAUGUUAGAUACCGUACUACCAUCCCCUGAGACUGUGUUCCUGGUGUCAGUACAUGGGGCAUGUUAAGUACUGUACUACCAUCCCCUGAGACUGUGUUCCUGGUGUCAGUAGAUGGGGCAUGUUAAGUACUGUACUACCAUCACCUGGGCCUGUGCUCCUGGUGUCAGUAGAUGGGGCAUGUUAAGUACUGUACUACCAUCCCCUGGGCCUGUGCUCCUGGUGUCAGUAGAUGGGGCAUGUUAAGUACUGUACUACCAUCCCCUGGGCCUGUGCUCCUGGUGUCAGUAGAUGGGGCAUGUUAAGUACUGUACUACCAUCCCCUGAGACUGUGUUCCUGGUGUCAGUAGAUGGGGCAUGUUAAGUACUGUACUACCAUCCCCUGGGCCUGUGUUCCUGGUGUCAGUAGAUGGGGCAUGUUAAGUACUGUACUACCAUCCCCUGGGCCUGUGCUCCUGGUGUCAGUAGAUGGGGCAUGUUAAGUACUGUACUACCAUCCCCUGGGCCUGUGCUCCUGGUGUCAGUAGAUGGGGCAUGUUAAGUACUGUACUACCAUCCCCUGGGCCUGUGCUCCUGGUGUCAGUAGAUGGGGCAUGUUAAGUACUGUACUACCAUCCCCUGGGCCUGUGCUCCUGGUGUCAGUAGAUGGGGCAUGUUAAGUACUGUACUACCAUCCCCUGGGCCUGUGCUCCUGGUGUCAGUAGAUGGGGCAUGUUAAGUACUGUACUACCAUCCCCUGGGCCUGUGCUCCUGGUGUCAGUAGAUGGGGCAUGUUAAGUACUGUACUACCAUCCCCUGGGCCUGUGUUCCUGGUGUCAGUAGAUGGGGCAUGUUAAGUACUGUACUACCAUCCCCUGGGCCUGUGUUCCUGGUGUCAGUAGAUGGGGCAUGUUAAGUACUGUACUACCAUCCCCUGGGCCUGUGUUCCUGGUGUCAGUAGAUGGGGCAUGUUAAGUACUGUACUACCAUCCCCUGGGCCUGUGUUCCUGGUGUCAGUAGAUGGGGCAUGUUAAGUACUGUACUACCAUCCCCUGGGCCUGUGUUCCUGGUGUCAGUAGAUGGGGCAUGUUAAGUACUGUACUACCAUCCCCUGGGCCUGUGUUCCUGGUGUCAGUAGAUGGGGCAUGUGACGUACUGUACUACCAUCCCCUGGGCCUGUGUUCCUGGUGUCAGUAGAUGGGGCAUGUUAAGUACUGUACUACCAUCCCCUGGGCCUGUGUUCCUGGUGUCAGUAGAUGGGGCAUGUUAAGUACUGUACUACCAUCCCCUGGGCCUGUGUUCCUAGUGCCAGUGCAUUUGUUAAGGACAGGAUUUUUACAUACAUGAGCAUAUGGUUAUUUGUUUUGUAUUUGUUUAUUAAUCCAUUAGACAGAGGCCGGGAUUCAAUACAAGAUGCGUUUUAACACGGUGCACCAUAGCAGGCUUUUAAAGCUAAUUUACUCUUUAGCCUGCAGCAUUUACAAUGAAUGCGAUCUCCUCAAACUUCUGGGAAAAUGCCUUUAAAAAGCACAUUGUCGGCUGUAUAGUGAGUGCUAUAACGCGCCUUGCGUAGAAUCCCAGCCAAGGUGUCAAAUCCAUAGUUUUGUAUAGAUACUUCCAUUGUUGAUGGAGAUAAUGUAUCAAAUUUGUAGGGUGGUUACGAGUCAUAGUCAGGUUGCCUCCAAUUCGCUACAAUAUUACCAUUAUUUGUGCAUUACCAGUUCUCUGCUAUUAAGGCAUUUUUUAUACAUGUUGAUUGGUUUGGCUCGGGUCAUUCAUCUUGCUAUGCAUUGUUCCAUUUUGUACCAUUUGUUUACACACAGUAUGCCAGGUCAACCACUUUCAGUUUGGUUCACUGAUAAAGGAGGCCAAUCUAUUAUUUUCAUUGAAAGUUGACGCUAUGUGAGAAUGUUCAACUAAACACGUAUUGAGUGGCUUAUUUAAUGUUUCGAGAGGUAAACCUCAUACACAGUUAAAUCCAUUGUCAUAGUUAUUUUUCUGAUGAUUUUCUGAUACAGUAUAUAGAUGUCCAGCGUACAGGUUAACCAUGUUACACUAUGGAAGUUUCCUUACUAAUUGUUGCACGUCAAAUUUCAGCUAGAAGGUUGGCUGUAUGGUUACACAUGUUGGUUUGGCAUGAUGCUAAAGUAACUGUCCAGUGAAAAUCUCACUUUUAAAAGUUAAUAUUCUGUUAACUCAUACCCAAAUAAUGUUGUUGACUCAUCCUAUACUAUUAUUUGUGGCAAAAGCAUACAUUUGAGAGAAAACUCCACUUAAAAAACUCCACCUCAAACAGACCGUUUGAAAAAACUGCUUGCUAUUUCCUCAUAGAGGAUGAUGUCAUCCUCCUAAGGAGGAUGAGCUGGCCAAUCAGCGGUCUACUAGCAUUUUUAAUGAUUGGUAUAUGGCCACACCGUUGUGGUGUUGGGGUACGGCUGCACCAUUCCAACACAGAAAAGCUGCUGUUUAACAUGUUUAAUUAAAACAUUUGGGAAGGAAAAGUAUAUUCACUCAUUAUAUUGUAAUUCAUUAUAGGUCCUAUUUCAUAGAAACCUGGAACACUGGAUAUUACUCUAAUCCAUUCAUGAAACUACACUGUAGGCAGGUAAUAUGUUCUGCUUUUUCUCGUGGUUAUGGGGACAUGUGCCUCUUUCUGUACGAUGAUGUCAUUUCUGGAAACUAUUUCUGUCCAUUUAGAUUAAAGGACCCGUUUUGUCUGAAGAGCACCCAUAGAGGCUAAGAGUUCUCUAUUGCCUCUAACCAUCAGUGUAGUCUUCAGUCUGCGCUGUAUGUCUAUGGAAUGUUCUGUAUGUCUCUGUUCUGAUCAUGUGACGAAGUCUUCCCAAUUAUAUUGUAUGUGUCAUUGGUUUUGGUGGUGGAUUUUAUCAGAUGCACAUGAAACCUAAACAAUGUCCACAUUGAAUGCCUCAUUUUUUAAAAGAUCAAACAGUGUUUUUAAAUAAACAAAUAUACUAAUAUGUCCUUCUCUGCAUUGUGUAUGUGAAGCUGCAACAGAGAGGACUCUGACUGAGACAGGCCGCUCCAGGGUCUAGGAUCAGCAUCCCCUACUACAAUCAUAACCUUAACCAGUAGUGGGGGAGCAACUAGGAGCAACUUCACCCUGCACCCGACCUGGGAGUAAUUCUCCUUAACUUCCUCACCCUGCACCCGACCGACCUGGGAGUAAUUCUCCUUAACUUCCUCACCCUGCACCCGACCGACCUGGGAGUAAUUCUCCAUAACUUCCUCACCCUGCACCCGACCGACCUGGGAGUAAUUCUCCAUAACUUCCUCACCCUGCACCCGACCGACCUGGGAGUAAUUCUCCUUAACUUCCUCACCCUGCACCUGACCGACCUGGGAGUAAUUCUCCUUAACUUCCUCACCCUGCACCUGACCGACAUGGGAGUAAUUCUCCUUAACUUCCUCACCCUGCACCUGACCGACCUGGGAGUAAUUCUCCUUAACUUCCUCACCCUGCACCUGACCGACCUGGGAGUAAUUCUCCUUAACUUCCUCACCCUGCACCUGACCGACCUGGGAGUAAUUCUCCUUAACUUCCUCACCCUGCACCUGACCGACCUGGGAGUAAUUCUCCUUAACUUCCUCACCCUGCACCUGACCGACCUGGGAGUAAUUCU